AUGAACAACCUUCUAACUAUUAAAAAUGAACUUCACUCUUCCUUAAACAACAAACAAAACCUGGGAAUGAUCAGCUUUGAUAUAGUCAAAGCAUAUGACACGGCUUGGAGACCCAGGAUAUUAAAUAAACUCAACAAAAUUAUUGCCAAAGGAUACAUGCUAGAUUUCAUCUCGAAUUUCCUCAACCACCACACCUUUCAAGUAAAAUCCUCCAACAUGCUAUCAGACACCUUUCUCCUAGAAAGUGGGGUUCCACAAGGGUCCACUAUCUCUGUAACUCUUUUCCUGAUCGCUAUCAACGACAUAUCUGAAGGAAUAUCACGCCCAAAAAUACCUUUACUAUUCGCAGACGACUUCACUAUUCUUUGCCGCAGUACAAACGUUAAUUCUAUUCAAUCGAUACUUCAAGAUUCCACGGACAAACUCACGUCCUGGUCAAAAACUUCCGGCUUCCGAUUUUCCCCGGAAAAAAUCAACCUUAUAGUCUUCAGCCAUAAGAAAAAUAAGAAGAAAAUACACAUUAACUUCGGCAAUCAAGCCGUAGAAAACCAACCCAAUGUUAAAAUACUGAGCAUCACUUUUGAUCAUAAAGCUUCAUGGAUCCCUCAUAUUCUCAAUGUAAAGAACACUGUUACACUAUGA